AUGCUGAUUUUUGUACUGAUCAGUGUUGUGUAUAUGCGUGGUGGUUGGCAAGUGUGGAUACCAGCUUUCCAGUUUGAUCUCGUGUGCGACAAUGCUUACCAGAAGGAGCUGACCUCGACAAUCUACAUGGUGGGGUCAGCAUGUGGCGUCCUCUUUCUAACCCCGCUGGCUGACAAGUUAGGAUCCAAGAUGGUCAUGCUGGGUUGUCUGUGGGUGCAGGCUGUGAUUGGGACAUGCAUUAUCUGGUCUGGGAACAUUAUUGUGUACCUCAUCCUCAAGUUUCUCAUCGGUGUUACCAACAUGACUGCUGCAUUAUGCUCCUACGUGUUGAUGACGGAAACAUUUGACACCGCCCAUCGGGAAGUUCCAACUAUAGCCAUGCAGUUUUUCUGGGCGCUGGGAAUUAUGACCAUGGCUCUGUUUGGUUACCUCAUUCCGGAGUGGGAAAACCUGCAACUCACGAUAACAUUGCCAAUUAAUGUGCUCUCUGUUGUCUACUUUUUCAUCAUUCCAGAGUCACUGCCUUGGUUGUUGUCAAAAGGCAAAGUCGGGAAAGCUGAGCAAGUUAUCAAGACAUUCGUCAGAGUCAACAAGUUACCUCCAGUAUCUGAUUUGCAAAACACAUUGUCCGUGUUUAAACUUCAAACCCACAAGAACAGUAUGAUAAACUCCUUGGCAUACUACGGCAUCAUGUUCAGCACUCCAGAUUUGAACGGAGACCGCUUCUUGAACCUCUUUCUGCUGGGUGUUGUUGAGAUACCUGCUUAUAUAUUGUGUCUUAUUUCCAACAAAUUUAUAGGCAGACGUCGCUCCAUCGCCAUAUUUUUGUUCAUCUGUGCUGCUGCCAAUCUGUCUGUCAUUUUCAUCCCUGAUCAGUCAGAUAAUGGUGCUGACCUCACAAAGCUGAAAACUGCUUUAGUAAUUAUAGGUAAAUUUGGCAUCACAGGAUCGUAUUCCACAAUCUAUUUAUAUGCUUCAGAAGUUUUCCCAACAGUCGUCAGAAACCAAGGUGUUGGAGCGUCAUCGUUUUUUGAAAACAUUGGGUCUAUAGCUGCACCAAAUAUGGUAUAUGCAAACAACAGUUUAAACAACCUACCACUAGGUAUCUUCGGUGGACUGACCAUUGUUGGUUGCGGUCUGGUGCUCCUUCUGCCAGAGACACACAACCGGCUCCUGCCUCAGACCAUCGAGGAGGUGGAAAAAGGUCGUGACGAUGCAAAGCAACACAAGCCUACAGUCACAGAGACUUACAAACAGAAAGAUAUGGUUUAG